AUGUCUCCCACCACAACUCCCGACAGCGACUUAGACGAUGAGAUUGAACAGUCUAACGAAGUGAGUCGCACUGUUACCGAUGGGUCCGACAUCGAUUAUGAAAAAAAUAGUACCGACUCCGACAGCACAAGCAGCUCCUCCGACACAGAAUCGACAAGUGCGACAACAGGAGACUCGUCAGAAGACAGUUUGAAACCAUCGACACCGCGGUCUGAAACGACGAAGUCGCCGAGUCAGACCCCCACGCCGACUACCAAGACUCCCUCAACAACGACGUCGUCAGACACUUCAAAUGACUCGAGUGACAAGAUAAGCGAGACAAAAGACGUGCCUCAAUCUUCAGCAGCAAAAAAUUCUUCGUCAACGAAUGAUUCGAUCAAGCAGUCGACAGCGACAAAUAGUACCUCUACGCCACCGUCAUCAGGGUCUGACGAUGGUCGUCGUCUGCUUGUUGACGCUGGUGAGACAACGAUAGCUGCCGGUAGUGCUGGUAAUUCGACGGUAGGAUCUAGUAGAAAUAUAACUGCUGCAAGAUCUCCCGUCAACGCGUCAAAUGAAAGUGCCGAUGACGCACCCACAGUUCCUCUCGAAGCACCGAAAUCAAAUAGUACGUCGGUAGCUCCUACCACAAUUCCAGCUACAACGACUACGUCUUCCCCGACGACGAAGAGUCCACCGUCUGUUGAUACUAUUACGAAUAGCACGACGAAGACACCGACUACUUCUACGAUGGAUUCGACAGAUCUGACCGAGUCGGUAAACACGCCCGAUACGACAGAUGAUGUCGUCACUACCAACAACACUCUUUCAGCCAUAACUAUCGAGUUCAGCUGCGACUCGACAUUUUAUGAAUCUUGGUCGAAGAUGGGGCUCACGUGUGGAGGUACUGAGCUUGAUGUAAUGUCUGCCGCUGCAUCUACUGAGUGCUCGAUUUAUUCUGGUACAUCGUCGGGUACCGCUAUUUUCGACUUGGCCACGUGCAUGUCGGUUUGUCGCUUUCCGGCUUGUCAUAAUGGUACAUGGGACUACACUGCGUCGGACGGGAUCAACUCGGAUAUCUACGCCAAUCUAGACUUCAUCACGCUCAUGAGCUUAGCAAGCAAAGAGGCAGCCUUAUCCGUCAUUGAUGUUGUGCAACAGCCGUUUUCUAACCUCACAUUUGCUGCAGUGACCGAAUGCGACUACACUUCCGACGAAUCCUUUGGGGCUUGUCAAUGCGCUGGUGUAAUUGACUCUUCAAUGACAUCUACUGAUACAUCGACAUCGUCGGCUGCACACUACUCUGUGCCUGCAAACAAAGGUCUCGAAGACGCAAACCACUGGCCCGACGGCAAAAAAAAGUCCCCUGUUGACAAAGUUGGAAUCGCUUCGACCACGAUCGGUAGUAGUGCUGCAACUGUGUCGGUCGUUGCUGGUGGUGUCAUGUCGGUUGCCAGUGGAAUUGUCGGCGGCACUUCAGCCAGUGUCGCGUCGGGUGUCUCGGCUGCUGCCAGUGUUGGAAUCACUAUGGCAGCUGUGGACAUCUGCCAAUUUUCCAUUAUGCUCACUCAAAUGAACGUUGACGCCCGACCACGUUUUAUGGAAAAUAUGGGGAAAAAAAUGGCACCUGCGUCCUUUACGUUUCUACCCUUUGGCAAAGUGAACAUAUCAGCCGACGACUCGAGCGAAAAUUCGUCACGUCGGCUGGAAACUGCUGGAAGUAUGAGCGGUGUAUCCCAUUCAAACUCGUCUGCAAAUGUACAAGGCAUGGAAAAGUACGCAGCUUUGAUUGGCGUCGACGCUGGCAUGCUUUUCUACGUGGCUGUUGCGGGAAUUGCCUGUAUGGUGGCCAUCGUGUUUGGAAUGUACAUGCUUGCGAUGAGUGUAUGUUACUUUGUCGUCAAAGACUUUCCAACUUUUAGCUUAAAAUGGCUUGAUAAGGCGAUUGGCGUCUUGAUGAUGAUUCUGAUUCUUUCAGAGUAUGUGGUCGGCGCGACAGCCAUGUACCAGAUUUGCUAUUGUAUUGACCGCAACUCUCUUGAUGUAAGUUUUUUCUUGGCCAUCCUCACAUUGCUUUGUCUUGCUUUUGGGACCAUCUUGUACGGAGUAAUUGUUAUCAAGAAUAACGAAGAUGAAUUGCGAGAUUUGGGUACGAAAGAUCAUUUUGACAAGAAGUUUCACAAUCGAUAUGGUCCGUUGUAUGAUGAACACAGCUUUGAAGGGCGAUUCUUUUUUGCCCCAAAGUUGCUUUUAGCAUUGCUGUGUGGCAUGACAACUGGCAUGAUCUGGAUCGAAGGACUAUGGCAGAUUGUCGUACUUAUUGUGCUUCACAUUGCGUUUUUGUUGUACCUCGAGAUCAAACAGCCGUAUCCAACAGCAUUUGUGCAAAAGACGUCAAGCUUUGUCAUCAUUAUCAAAAUCUCGGCGCUAUUUUUGAGUUUCUUUUUAUUAUCCAGUGCCACGAGUUUCACGGAGAGUAUUCCUGAUGAUCUGCGCGAAGGUGUUGCCUUUGCUAUUGUAGGACUUCAAGUGCUUGUGCUCUUGUGUCUGAUGAUUCGCCAGGUGUAUAUUUUCUACCGAACGUGGAAACUAAAGCGUGAUGGCACUUCAAAAGAUGACAAGACGGUCACUAUCCAGACAACGAACGCUCGAGAAGGCUCCGAGACGUUUUUUGCUCUAGGUGGUGAGCCACAAUAUUAUGGUAAUGUAAAUCAAAGUCUGGGUGGCUCGUUGGCUUUGUUGGGUGAUAACGCAACUCCAAAGGUGCACGACAGUCGUCAUUAUUCUCAUGAGACUCCGUCAAAUGUCAGCAUGACCUAUGACAAUCGACCACCCCUUCGUGGCUUGCAACCUCAACGUACUCAAUCAUCCGUGCAACACGAAAAUCACUAUAGGACUAACGAGGUUGAUCUGUAG